AUGGUGGUCCCAGUCUCUUUGCAACAGGGUGAAAGUGCGUCGGAAUGCUACUGCUUGGCUGUUAAAGAGGGUGUCAGUAAACUGAAGGUCGUGAACAUUGGAAGUCUUGCCCUCCAGUGGAGACGGUAAGUUCGUGGUUAACUCGAGGGAGUCUAAGAUAAGUGAGAUAGUUGAAGCAAUUUUCAAUUGAGUACCGAUUGUAAUACCGAACUGCAUUCAAAAUUUGGUCUUGCCUUCCUUUGCUUUGUGAUUGGAGUAGGAAAGUUGCAAAACUCUCUCUCUCUCUGUCAACCAAUCAUGAAAUGCAAAAUUUAAACCAGUGGCGACUUGGCCAUCCGCGUUUUCCCGCGCUUCAGGCAGUUUGCUUGAUUUUUCUUCGUGCUCUCAUUGGUUCUGAUGAACCAAUUUUAUUACUUUGGAUUUGUAGUUUUUGCCAACACUCAGUGGACCCACUGAUGCCUUUUCAACUGAACCUUAUUUAGGGGAAUAUAUAGAAGUCCUUUCGUUUCUUGAUUUAAUCAUUUUACAUUGUUUUAAUUCUUUAGAACUUCUGCGGCUGAUAAGUUUCCAGUUGUGGUCACAGAGCUCACUUUCCCCUCUGUAACAGUAGAGAGUGUUCCUUUUGCGAUACAGGCAGGUACGUUUCCAGCAAGGUUAAUCAUACGGCAAUAUGCCAAGCGUCAAAAUCAAACUAUACUGGAAAAG